CCAGUGCGUCCCAGUUGGCUUCUCCUCGUUCCUGCUUCCCCUGGCCACACGAUGGCACAAGCUGCCAGAAAUUGGUGUUUAAAAAAAUCCACGAGUCCCAUCCCGGUGCGGUCUCGGAGUUCCCGGUGGUGCCGGCGCUGUGUGUUCUGCUCUGCUCUCUCCAUUCCUUUGGAGAAGCCCCGGAAUUGCUGUUCAAAGCCUCUGUGGCUGGGAACGUUUUUAAGGAGCCGUGGGAUGCCGUGUCCAUCGUGGCAAAGGGUGGAGCAGGGAGCGGGAAUGAUGUGAGGGAAUUGGAGAGCUCGGUUUGGGGGAUCUGAGGGUGCCUGGAGGAAAGUGGAGCUGGUUUGAAGGCAGCUGAGCCCGGCCCAGCCUGGUGGGCCCCUGUGUUGGUGUGUAUCCCGGGAUCCUCUGUUCCCAUCAGCACAUCCCAGGGCCCCCACUUUGGUCCCUUUUGCCACUGGGGCUGUCCCUCCCUCACCUCGUGCACCCUGAGCAAUCCCCCCACCCCACACACCCCUUCACUUGCCUCCACUCACCCUCUCUCCUCUCCAGGCUGCUCUGUUUGCCCUCCAGUGCCCCCCACAUCCCUGUUUGCUCCCUUGUCCCACCAGGACCCCAAUUCCUCCCUUGAGACCCCUUGGCUGUGCAAUGCAGCCCCUCCUUCAGCUUUUGGGGCUUCCCAGAGUCCUCAGCCCUACAGUGAAACCAAACCACCCCAUUUUCCCUCCAGUGUGUCCCAGAGCUUUCUGCCUUCCCACAGUGCACUCCCACACCCCCUUCUCACUCCCAGCUCUCAAAAUUCCUCUGGUGCAGCUUUUGGUGCAACCCCUUGCCCUUCCUCUGGUGCCACCAGGAGCCUUUGGCUCCUCACAGGACUCGGGUGAAACAGAAGUUGCUUCUGCCCCAGCUGAAAAUUGUUUCCUUUUUUAGCUUCACUCCUCAUUUGGGGCUUGGAGCAGCCUGGUAGUGGAAGGUGUCUCUGCCCAUGGCAGGAGGUGGAACGGGAUGGGCUUUAAGGUCCCUCCCAACCCAAACCAUUCUGAGAUUCCAUGGAUUUAACAAAUUGAGGAACAGUGGGGGAAAGGUAAGGAGGCAGGUGGUGAAAGAAAAGGUCAGGAAGAGGGAAAAGGAAUGGGAAAGUGAGUGUUGGGCACAUGGUGGGAGGUGCUUUGGGAGGUGGGAUUUGGGGGCUGGGUUCCCUCCCUGCCUGGUGGCCGGGGCUGAUGGAGCCAACGGGUGCCACCAUGUUGGUGCUCUCCAACCAUCCACAUCCACCCCCUUUCUCCUAAUGCUUCCCCCAGGGCUCUCCUAUCCCGGCGUCUGGCUUUGGAGCUCCAUGGGAGUCGCAGGGUCUGGCUGUGCUCAGCAGGGCAGGAAAGCUUUCCCAGCACUCGGGGGCAGAGCCCAAACCUUCCCCAGCCCCUCAUCCCUCUGCACCCUCAGUCUGGAGAUGACACUUGGUCCCCAGGCCCUGAUCCCAGGAGUGUCUCUUCCUUAAACUGAAAUUCCCUUUGCAGGAAGCCGGUGGGACAUGGAUGAUCCCAGCCCACCUCCAAAAGGUGGAGGGAAAAGCUGCUCCCAGUGGGACGAGUGUUUUGGAGCCAGGCCGAGCCCCUGCCCCCCAAACCGGGGUGGGAGGGAGUUCAAACUGCACUGCGGGAGCUGAGCUCCAGGGAUGGGGGGGAGAGGAGCUGUGGGAAAGGAAUAGGGAUGGAUCUUCUGCCCUCGGGGCAUAGAAAUGGUGUGGGAUGUCUCCUGUAAUUCCCAUUCCUGUGGGACCCCCCUGCCCUGCCCCAGCUGGUCCCCGCGCGGUGCCGGAGCCGUCGCAGCUCUGCCUUCCCUUCCCAUCCCCGGGAGCGCGGGGACAAGAGCGGGAGCUGUCACUGCUGCCAGGAAGGCUCCCGGGAAGAGGAGGUGGCACGGAGGGAGAGGAGCCAUCGGCAGCAAAACAGGCUGGGAAUACCCACGGCGUCGGGGAUCCAUCCUCACGGUGGCGAACCUGACGAUGCUGCGGUGCCGUCCCGCGGAGCUGCUGGGGAUCACCUGGGUGCUCCUCGCAGUGCCACCACUGGUGCCGCUGCCUCAGGCUGUGGGAGCAGCAGGACCCCCCCAGGGAAGAGCUGCUGCUGCUGUGGGAUCUUCUGUGCUGCUCCCUGGGCUGGAUAACAUCACUCACAGCCAUUCCACACGGUGGGAGUACUCUAAUGGCACCAGCUCCCACACCGUCCUGCAGCACGACGGGGGCUCUCACACCCCAGCCAUCCACGCGCCCUACGUGGGACGGGUUGUUUUCCAUCCAUCCAACGGAUCCCUCACGCUGGAGGAUGUCCAGGAAAGCGACAGUGGCAUCUACAGGGUGACUGUCAGCGGGGAAGACAGAGAGAGCCUGGAAAUCCUGCUGGAAGUCCUCAAGCCCGUGUCCCGCCCUCGGCUCUGGAGCAGCGCUCUCGUGGCUCGGGCCGCUGGUGAGGUGGUCUGUGAGGUGGCAGAGGGCAGAGUGGACGCCAUCACCUGGAAGAAGGAUGGGCAGCCCCUUCCCCCAGACAGAGGUUUCCACCUCUCCAACAGCCGCAGCGUUUUGUACCUGAGGCCGGCGAAGAAGUCGGACUGUGGCUCCUACUCCUGCAACGCCAGCAACGGGAUAAGCUGGCAAGAAACCUCCCUGAACGUCACCAUUGCAGGUCUGUCCCGCCCCUUGAAGGACACUCUGAGGAUUGCAGUGGUUGCCGUGGUCUUCGCCGUCGUCUCGGCCUGUGGAUUAAUCAUCCCCGUGUGCCAGUCUGAAAAGCUCCGAAUAAGUGGGGACCUGUGGAGGUGGCUCAGUGCCUACACCGCUGGGCUGGUGUGCGUCGCCUGCAUCCUGGACGGCACCGCCGGGAUCCUCUGGAUGCGGGAGGAAGGCCCUUCUGUUGCCAUCAUAUUGCCCGAGAUCACCCUGACCUACCUCAUCGUGGUCACCUUCCUGGUCUCCACUAACGUGAUCUUCCAGCCCAUGAUUUUCACCCAACUGAAAAGCAAAACAGCUCAGUACACGAUGGGCUAUGCUGCCCCGGGGGCGGUGCUCGUGGUGGUUCUGAUGGCCUCCUUCCUCAUCAAGAGCAUCUACGAGCGCCACGGAGAAGGAUGUGCCGCCUUCGUGGACAUGACCCCCCUGGUGCUCAGCACGGCGGCCGUGUCGGGCCUCCCGCUCCUCACCAUCUUCCUCUGCUAUCACAUGACGCAGGGGAGGCGCCAGGACCGCGACAUCUCUUCCACGGACAAGGCGAGGUCCUUUGAAAUGUCUGGCACCAUGGACAUCAUUCCCAGCUGAUGGAGAUCUUCUGGGGUGUUUCUCACUUGGCUGAGUCAACCCCAGCCUUCCCCAAGGUUUAGUGGGUUCAGGGCUCUCAGUGUCAGAUCCCCUACAACAUUCAUAAUAAAUGUCAAUGAAAUUAA